GUUCCAAGCUUCCAAGCUUUCGUCUUAGAAGCUUGCGCGUCACUGAAUCAUAUCAAUUGGCCGGUAUGCGGCAUUGUAACGAAAGUUCUCAACAGUGCUGCAUUUGAGAAGAAGAUGACCUAUGCAUCCAGCACCGUUGGUUACACACUACUCAGAGUAGUGUAAUUGCAGCCAUUCAUGUUUCCAAGGCAAUUCCAGAGAGAUUAUAUUAGUCGUUGAUUGUUGCCUUUGAUGUCAUUCAAGCUCGCAUUCCUCGCCGGUCCAGCUUUGAAAAGCAGCGCCAGAGCAGCCUCGACAGUGAGCGCAAAUUGGAGGUCACUUCCAUCUCUUUACGCUAGGUGCCGCGCAUUGUCGCAGCACUCGCUCAUCAACCCUGCCAUUCUGUGCAUGGCCCUUGAAGUUACUCACUUCUACAGCGUACAUUCUUCUGAACUGUUCAACUGCAACAGGCCUUCUCUGUUGAUCCAAAGCCAAUUCGACCCGCUCUUCCGUUGCUCAGCUCAACCCAGGAUUGGACACAGACCAAUCUCCACAGAGACAAGGCUUGCAAACAGAUCACAUCAGGUGCUGUCCAAGCCUCCAACAAGUGGACGACCCUUUACAGCAAGUGCUGAUAACAUGGGUGCCUCCCAAGAUGCCGCCCUUGCUCCCAGUUCUGGCGUGAAAGACGCAGUGGCAAAGCUGCGGGAAUUCAUCGGGACAAACGAGAAGACGGACCCAGGGAGCGGGUGGGAGAAAUCGUGGCAGGCGGGGACAACGCCCUGGGACAUGGGUGAUGUCACGCCCGUGCUGGCGCAGAUGAUCGCCAAGGGAGAGGUGCCCACCGGGCGCGCGCUUGUACCAGGCUGCGGUUCGGGCUACGACGUUCUGGCGCUAGCGAGCCCCGAGCGUCACGUGGUCGGUCUCGACAUCUCCCGCACUGCGAAUGAGAAAGCAAAGCGGCACCAAGAGGCCCAGCAGGUUCCUGCAUCGCAGGCAGAGUUUGUUGUUGCGGACUUCUUCACGUGGGAGCCGGAAGCGCCAUUUGACGUCAUCUUCGAUUACACCUUCUUUUGCGCCUUGGAGCCUGACCUCCGCCAGGCCUGGGCGCAACGCAUGGCGCAGCUCCUCGCGCCGGCGGGUCAGCUAAUUACGCUCGUCUUUCCGAUUGACGACCACUCAGGAGGGCCCCCCUUCGCUGUUAACAUGGAUAUUUAUAAGAAAAUGCUGGUGCCCGCUGGCUUCGUGUUGACCCGCGAAGAGGAGGUGACAAACAGCGUACGAGGGAGACAGGGCAAGGAGCGUCUGGCCAUCUGGGAGAAGAAGGCGUCAGGCAAGAUGUGAUUUUCAGUGACCAAGGUCUGCAAGGUCUCUUCUUAAGUACAUUGAUAAAAGUAGGAUAUCAACGUAGAACUCCUGCAAGUCAUGAGCGCAUGGACGUUUUGCAAGGCAGAAAGUAGGUUAUCAUCUCACGUUGCUGAUAGGAUCUUGAGGACGGAGGCGUUGCUCAUCAACCGUUGCUAGGUAUACUUGGCAGACUUUCUUGUGGGGUAUAAUCACACAUAACAACUUGUCAACUUGAAGUCGUGCAACACACUGCCGUUGACGCGCCAUCUUGGUCCAAUUCACUGAGUAUAUACAGUAAUCGAAUUCACCGCAG